AUGUGCACAUGCGCCCAUCAGCCAGACACGUAUUUAUGGAACUGUGAAACGUACAGCACAUCAUGUAGAAACGAAUCAGCGUACGCAGAGGUUCCAAGAGAAAGGACCCAGUGGCUGGGGUCAGUUCAGCUGACCAUGGAGUGUGAUCCGGGCUAUGAUAUGCCCUUGAACAGCCCAGUAAAUUCAACCUUGACCUGCUUACCUGAUGGCUCCACCUGGAAGCCGGACUAUUUGCCAGAUUGUAACGAAAAGAUCGUUGCAACUGCUGCCGAGAUGACCAUGACCGGUCAGCUUCCCAGUGCCACCUGUGACGGACUUGGUCAGUUCACCACCAGUAGGACCACGCUGACCUUCGCCUCGUCACGUCGUCUCGUGAUCACUGAGAUGUGCAGGCAGCAUCUGUUGAGCUGUGCCGUGGUGCGGGCCUCGAUUGACUGUCAGGACAAAUCUGCAAAUGGAGGUUCGCCCCCGCAUAUUUUCCUGAGUCUGGCAAUUGUCCUUGCGCCUUCUACUCAUUGGAGCAUGUACACCAAGAAAUCUGUUCCGCUGGCGCUAACUAUUCUACGUAGCCUGGAGGAACGUGCAGUGAGUUCACAUGUCAACACCACAAUCACGCCUGUGUGCCGGAUUGGUACUGUCGGAGUGUUGCGUGCAGGUUCCGAGGUCGUAUGUCGCGGAUGUUCUCUGGGCCAUUACUUGGAUUCCGUAAACAAGAUAUGUGUUCCCUGUUCCCCCGGUUACUAUGGAGACAGGGUGCUGAGCACGUCCUGCAAGCUGUGUCCAGGAAUGUCCAGCUAUUACGGCACGCUUCAGUGGGAGAGGAUCCUCAAAGUGAUCCCCAAUCGAGCCCACUCCAUCAGCAGCUGUCCCAUUUUGUACAAGCACACGAAUGGGACCCUGGAGGUGAGAGUACCCUCGAAAAUCCACGCCCAGCUGUCGCAGCUGGGCCCAGAAGAAGGCAGGACAAAGCCGCGAGAUGCCAACGAUGGAAAACAGCCAUCCUUGGAUUCAGGAAGCAAACUCGUAAUCGCCACAUUCGUUCUGUCGGCGCUGUCUGUUGCGUAG